AUGAAGUUUAAUUUUGCGUUUGGUUUGCUGGUUUGUUUCCUGAUAAAGGCGUUCUCAUCAAAUGGUUCUCCUAUUCCGGAAACUGUAGUUGAAGUUGUGAGUGAGGGUCAACAUGGUGAAGUUGUGAGUGAACCUCAACAUGGUGAAGAUGUGAGCAAACCUCAACAUGAUGAAGAUGUGAGCAAACCCCAACAUGAUGAAGUUGUAAGUGAACCACAACAUGAUGAAGUUGUGAGUGAACCACAGCAUGAUGAAGUUGUGAGUGAACCUCAACAUGAUGAAGUUGUGAGUGAACCUCAACAUGGUGAAGAUGUGGGUGAACCCCAACAUGAUAAAGAUGUGAGUAAACCUCAACAUGAUGAAGUUGUGAGCAAACCACAACAUACCACGCCAGAGAUCGGUAAAGAAAUGCUUGAUGACAGAACGUUUUUAAUUCCUAGCGAUGAAAGAACUUCAACCGAUAUUAACAUGAAACCUUUAUGUGACUCAACCAUCGAAAUAACAACGACAAAUGAUGAAAAUCUAAAGAAUGAAGUUUCGGAGACCAAAGCCUCAACAAAAAAUAUUGAAUCAUCGGAACCAAUCUUUGCUGAGAAUGGAAGUGAAUUGGAGAAAAAUACAAAAGAAACAAUCAUUGAAGACUCAGAAAACACCGUUGAACCAAAAAAUGAAAUGGAAAGUGAAAAAAAUACAAGUGUAUUAGAAAUAAAAAAUGACAAAAGCGCAAAAGUUGAAUCUAGUGAUCAUGCAAAAGAAAAAGCAGAACCACAAACUGGAAGUUGCGACAGUGAUCAACAGGCAAGCGAUACAACAACCCAAUUUAUGCCAGUUUCUUUAACAGAGUUUUCAACCGUAAAACCUUCUAGUGAACAGAUUACAAAAUCUGAAAACAUGACAAAAACAACAUUGGAAAUGCAGCUGAAAAAUGAAACUGAAACUGCCGCACCAAAAAAUUUACAAACUGAUGAUACAAGUUCAUCGUGCGGCAAACAGGGGGUGUCAGAACCAGCUGAAAAAACGACAGAAAACGAUGAAUCAAAAGAAAAAAAUCCAGCAGAUGAAAAAAAAGAAAAAGUUGACGAUUCUGAAUCAAUGAAAAGUGGGUCAAAUGAUGACCAAGUCGUAAAAACUGAUGGUGAAAAAGAUGAUGAUAAAAAAGGGGAUGAUGAUAAAAAAGAUGAUGAUGAUAAAAAAGAGGAUGGCGAUAAAAAAGAUGAUGAUGAUAAAAAUGGUGAUGAUGAUGAUAAAAAAAGUGAUGAUGAUAAGACAGUUGAUGAAGCCGAAGAUGAAGAAACAAAACUAUUGGAUCAGGACCAAGAAAGAGAUGACAAAGAAAUAAAUGAAACAAAAAGUGCAGAACAAGUCAUUGAAACUUCAAAAGCCGAAGAAAAAGAAGGCUACGAAAAUGAAAAAAACAAAAAUGUUGAGAUAAGAGUUGAUGAAACAAAAACUGAAAGAACAGAAUUUGAAGAACAAAACAUCGUAAAACCAAAAAUUGAAGAAACAAAAAGUGAUGAAAAAGAAGCUGAAAAACCAGAAACUAAUGAGGAAAAAGUUGAUGGACCAAAAACUGAUGAGAAAAAUGUUGAAGAACCAGAAACUGAUGUGGAAAAAGUUGAAGGACCAGAAUCUGAUGUGGUAAAAACUGAAGGAUCAGAAUCUGAUGAGGCAAUUGUUGACAAAACCGAAGUUGAUGAAAAAAAAGAUGAUGAAACAGAAAAUAACAAAACCAAAGUUGAUGAUGCCAUAGUUCUUGAUGUCAAAGUUGAAGCCAAAGCUGAUAGUGACAAAGUUGAUGUCGUUGAAGUUGAGGAACUGAGCAAUAAGCAGCUUGACAACAUGGAGACCAAAACAGAAGAUAAGUUAAAAAUUGGUGAAAAUGAUAAAGAAGAAAAUGAAAAUGUAGCAGAUGCCAAAGAUCUGCCAACUGAAUAA